AUGAAGUGUGACGAGCAACGACCCAUAUGUUCCAACUGUAUUAGCUCCCAGCGACAUUGUGAGUUUCUAGAGCCUGUGUACUUUGCAAAGGCAUCUAGCAGUAUUGGUAGCGAUACCGCCGCCACAUCACCCGCCGUUGGCUCGCCGGCGGUGACCUCUUCGCCCGCACAAGAACCAAGCAAUAAUCCUGAAGAUGGCCCCGUUAACAUGCUCCAUGUUGAGCUGGCUCACAACCUUUCUUCGGAAGCUAUGGAUACAUUAAAUCACCAGAGACACAUGUCUGGAAUCUCAUUUCAGGAGAUCUGGCGGCAUGGUCUUGAUGCGCCCUAUCUCGUGAACGAGCUUCUGUCUCUGAGCGCUCUGCAUCUUAGCAUUACCAGAAUAGACCAGCGACCUUUCUACCGACACCAUUCUACUCAACUACAGAGCUACGCACUGGGAUCUUUCAACAAACUAUCAUCACAAAUCAAUGACGAAAAUUAUGUCUCAAUCUUUCUCUUCGCCGGUAUUCUUGGGCUUCACAUGCUCUGCGAAACCCUAGUGUAUCGAGACAAUGAUUUUGAAAGCUUUCUUGAUCAGUUCGUUCAGUACACCGUACUGCAUCAUGGGGUACGCACUGUCGCAGGCGGUGGGAGAUGGCAGCUUUUGCAGCAAACAGCAUUAAAGCCUCUCUUGGAACUCGGAGAAAGGAUCCCUUCGGCAGAUGAGAGUUUGGGUCCUGUCUGCCAGGUGCUUUUGGAUCGGAUCAGAGGUCUUCGUCACGACGAGACUACUACAAGGACAUACCAACAGGCGAUCCAGGCCUUGCAAUCGGUCAUUACGGUGAUUGACAGUCAGAGUCCAGGGAACAACAGCCUAGAUGUUCUCAUUGCGUGGCCGGUGCUUGUCUCUCGUGAAUACAUUGAUCUGGUUGCGCAAAGAAAGGGUGAGGCUUUGGUCAUCUUGGCCCAUUUUGGUGCCCUGGUCGAUACCCACAAACAUUCGUGGGUAUUCUGUGAUGGUGGUGAGUAUCUUGUUGAUUCAAUCAGUCAGUAUCUUGGGUCUCAGUGGGAAGAAUGGCUCCAAUGGCCACGACAAUCCCUGGCUGCGACAAACUCUGCACAUUAG